AUGGACGGACGUGAGAUCUCGCUGGAAGAGUUCCCGCUGGCUCACCGGUUAAGGACCUACACCGCGCUACGCGCCGAGGAAGUCGUGCUCAAGGCGCCUGACGGCAGGUCGGUGACGGUGCUGGGUCAACGCUACCUCCAUCUAUUCGGAGGAUGGCAGCGAGAUGGAGUCGGGUUCGGCCGCAACCCUGCUGACGAGUCCGCGAACCUGAACCCCGCGGAGACCCGCCAGUUCCACACGAUCAUCAAUGACCAGGCCGACCGGAUGCGCGCGAUGAUCACCGACCUGCUAGAUGCCGCUCAGAUCGAGAGCGGCACCCUUUCGGUGAGUCUCGAACCCUCUGAAGUUGUGGCUCUGGUGGAUCAGGCCAGAACUUCGUUUGUCAGAGGAGGGGGGCCGCAGCGGACUCCGGGUGGAUGCGCCGGCGGAUCUUCCGCCGUGAUGGCAGACCGGGCUCGCAUAACUCAGGUCAUCAACAACCUGUUGUCUAACGCAUCCAGAUACGCGCCGGUGUCAUCGGUCAUCGGAGUGACAGCCCAGCACGAAGGGAAUAGUCGAGGCCCACGGCGGCAGAGAAUCUGGGCGGAAAGCGACGGUCUCGAUAGCGGCAUUCGGUUCACGUUCACGAUACCGGUGGCUGAGCGGUCCAUCCAGGCAGAGCCCACCAAUUCGGACCGACCGGACAGCCGGUCGCAUCCCCGCGACAUUGAUGCGGGGCGCGUUCUCGUCGUGGACGAUGAUCCCCAGACGUUGAGACACGUGCGCGACAUCCUCGCUAAAGACCGUUACCUGACGAUAUUUGCCACGGGCCCCGAUGAGGCGCUUCACCUGGUGGAGUCGGAAACCCCCAACUCGCCCUCCUGA